AAAGAUGUAAGGGAGGUGAGUACCAUCAUAAGAUCCCUCAACUGCUGCCCCAGUGAAGCUGAGAUCCAUGACAUGCUUGCAGAGAUUGAAGAAGAGGAACCAAGGUAUAUUCGAUUUGAAAGAUUUCUUCCUAUGAUGACCAAAGUUUUAAUGGAAAGAAGGUAUAAAGCUUCACCUGAGGACCAGAUACUUAAAGCCUUCCAAGUGCUGGAUGCUGACAUGAAAGGUUAUUUGACAGCUGAGGAGUUGACAAAAUUCAUGACAGAAGAAGGAGAACCAUUUACUCAAGAAGAAUUGGAAGAAAUGCUGUCUGCUGCUGUAGACCCAGAUAAGAAAAUAAUUUUGUACAAAGAGUAUGCUUCAGUUAUGGCAGUCGAUGAAACAUAGGUCCUAAGAAAAUGUGAUUUUACAGUUAAUGUGCAGCUGUUAUUCAUAAAAUAAAAUGGAAGACAGGAAAGACAAUUUACAUGUGAAAAAAAUAAAUUUGAAAAUAAGAUCUGGAUAUAGCCUUGAAUGAUGAGUGGUCUAUGAUAUAACAACACAGUGUAUUUUUCUGUGCAUCAUUUGUUGGCCUGCUCCUUGUUUGUAUUAAGAUUUCCAUGAUGUUGACUCUGUAAUAAACAUUUC